AUGGAGAAAUGCAGACAGAAAGACAGGUAUUACUGCCUGGCGGCUGCAGGAGCUCUCCUCAAGUACGUCGAGAUGAUUCAGAACAUCCUCUUCGCACCCAAAAGCCUCAAGAUCGUGUUUCAGGCACUGGACAAGACCACUUAUAUCGACGUGGGGACAGGCACCCAGCUGGAAUUGCUGAGGAGCACCAGCGACCCAGCUGGGAGCGGGAGCCUGCUCGGGGUGCUGGGACACACGAAGACAGCCGGAGGAGCCCGACUUCUCAGGGCAAACAUCCUUCAGCCUCCCUGCGACCUCCCGACCAUCCGUGAUCGGCUCAAUGUCGUCCAGGAACUCUCUGAGAACCCAGAUCUUCUCUUCGGCUUGCAGGCGAGGCUGAUGGGAGUUUAUCUUCUCUCCUGGGAGCAGUCAGUUUUAUCUCGGUUCAUCGUGGACGUGGAUCAUCUGCAUUCCCUGUGCAUUCAAAUCCCCAAGCAGGACACAGUCCUCAUUGCCGAGACUCGACUCAACUACAUCAUCGGCCUGAAGCACGUUCUUGAGCUCGUGGAACCCCUCCAAAGAGCUCUCCUCGAAUCCGAACUCCCCUACUUUCGAUACAUUCGACAGGAUUCGGUUCAGAGGAUGAACAUGCCUCUUUCUGUGUUUCUUCGUCAUGUCAAGGAGUUAUCGGACGAGAGGUUCGGGCUGAUGCUGAGGGAGAUAGGUAAAGUGUUGAGACCAGACGCGUUCGUGCACAAGGGCAGCGUUGCCAUGAAGACGCAGAGAUGCUUCGCCGUCAAGUCCGACAUCAACGGACUCCUCGAUGCGGCUCGGAGGACAUACUCCGAGGUCAUCGACGACAUCACUCAAUACGUGGACGGGUUGGCGGGGCAGACAGGUCUGCCAUUGAGAGUGAGCCACAAUGCAACCUGGGGAUUCCACAUUCAGAUCUCAGACCCGGAUAACAAGAUAGCCAUCUCUACCAUCCCGGACAUUUUCAUCUCGGUGCAGCGGCAGAGGUCUUGCAUUCUGUGUAGCACCGAGGACCUUCUGCUCCUGGACCAGAGGACCAAAGAGGCUGUGGAGCAGAUCGAAGUCAUGAGUGACCUGGUGGUGAAAGAGCUGCUGAAGGCGAUCCAGGGUCAGAUCAGCAGCCUUUACAAGCUGAGCGAAGCCACGGCCACGCUGGACAUGCUUCAAUCCCUGGCUCACUUGAGAUCCAUUUCCACGGAUUACACGAGGCCUAACUUCGGGGAUACGACCGCUAUCCGGGGCGGACGCCACCCCAUCCUGGACAAGUUGGGCCCUGACCCCCCCAUACCCAACGAUAUCUUCUUAUCAAAGGAGACGACUUUCCUCGUGGUGACGGGACCGAACAUGAGUGGAAAAAGCACGUAUUUGAAACAAGUGGCUCUCCUUCAGAUCAUGGCUCAGAUCGGCUCUUUUGUCCCUGCCGAAUUCGCCACUUUUCGUCCCGCCGAUCAGAUCCUCACGAGGAUGGGAUUCCAGGACAACAUGGAAGCUAAUGCUUCUACCUUCAAACUUGAGGUGCAUUCCAUCGGGGCGCUCCAACACGACUGA